AUGCCAAGCUCCCAACUACGUGAUUUGGAUUUGGUGAAAUGGUUGAACAACAAACUUGGUGAUAACAGCGAGUUGUGGUGUGGUCGACAAGCGGCAUCGUUACUUUCACGCGAAAUGUUGAUAGAAUUGGAAACGUGUUUUCAAGCAUUAGAACCACAUGUUAAACUGAAAAUUAUAUUAGCCAUUCCGCAUUUGUCCUAUCGACUUCUUACAAUGUGGAAAGAACCGCUAAUGAAUUUAUUGGAUCUAGCUCGAAGAGAUGCUGAUGAUUGGAUUGAAACCGUUGCUGACAUGUAUAGAGAAUAUCCUAAUCGACAAUGUAUAACACCGAUACCUACCAUUGCGGAUUCUUAUUUUCGUAAAUCUCUUGAUGAGUUGAGGAAAAUGGUUAGAAAGCAUUCUGCAAAUAAUAAUUUACGAUUGUUACCUGUUGAUUUAAAUGCUGUAUCACAAACUGCAAUCGAGAUACGUUUUGGUUUAACCGAAAUUGAAAAUCGGAAACAUUUCAAUUUAAAGCGACGGGCUAAAUCAUAUACACUAAAAGCUGAGCUGUUGAAAUCAUUAGAAGUUGGUUGCAAUCGAAAUAAAAAUCAGAAGCUUGAUGUUAUAUCAACAAGUUUCCCUAUACGCAUUCGAAGCACUGCCAGAAAGCCGAAUAAUGAUUUACCAAUGCGUGGGAUUCCAACUACAAAUACUUGUAAAUUGUCCGCUGGUUUUACGAAUGAACCACGCAAAUUUCAAAGACAAUUAACGAGGCGCGAAGGUGGUGCUAAAUUUAUUGAUAUUGGUGACCUGCCGCAGGCACUGAGUGUCCGUCGAAAAGAACAGGAAGCAGAAGAACGCGCAAGAAGGCAACAAGAGAGAGAAGAACAAAGGAAACGUGCCCAGGUUGAAAAGGCCGUAAAAGAUGCAAAACGAGCUGCAAUAGCUGCACAGAAGGCCAGAGAAGCUGCUGCUGCUGCUGUGACAGUAGAUGAAGUUACGGCUGCGGUAAAUGAAGCAAUUUCUUCUGCAAUUCGAAAUAAUCCAAGUUUGAUUCAAGAUAACUGUGAUAUUCAUCCUAUAAAUGACGAAAGCAAUGACUCCAUACAAGACACCAGCCAACUCUCGUCUUCCUACGGCGAUGUUCGCGAUUUACCAACAGUGCAGUCGGACCAUAGUCAAGAUUCGCAGUCACCUCCAUCUGCAAUUCAUCAGUCUCGACGUGAAUCAUUCGCACGUCGACAAUGUGAAGAAAUGUUAGCGUGUGCCAAUGUAUUGAACGAGGAAGGUCACCGUAUGGUCAUUGCUUUCAUGUCCGGUAACAAAGUCCAUCCGUACCCCCAUUUGGGUGAUCUCCUGACCUUGAAGUUAUCAGAAACUUACGAAGAUGAGCUUCGACCAGAUGGGACGAUGCAAAAAAUGCGUGUGGAGACCUUCUUUCAGAUGGAUUAUCGAACAGGAGAAUGGAAACGUUUGCGAAAAACGCGUGCUUUACGCCCGGAGGAAAUGCGCAUAUUAUAG